UAUACCCUUCGGUGUGAUAUGCGACGUUCUCUACUGGCCAAGGACCUGACUAAGACUUGUGAAUUCAUUGUCCACUCACCACCUCAAAAAGGGAAGUUGAUGCCAAGCCCAGUGGACUUCACAAUUACACCUGAAACCUUACAGAAUGUUAAAGAGAGAGCCUCGCUCCCAAAAUUUUUCAUCAAAGGUCAUCUCAACUCGACUAACUGCAUCAUUACACAACCACUAACUGGGGAGUUGGUGGUGGAGAAUGCAGAAGCUGCAGUCAAAAGUAUUGAGCUACAGUUAGUACGUGUGGAAACUUGUGGUUGUGCUGAAGGUUAUGCUAGAGAUGCUACAGAGAUUCAGAAUAUUCAGAUUGCUGAUGGGGAUGUCUGCAGAAGCUUGUCUAUUCCAAUAUACAUGAUAUUCCCCAGGCUGUUCACCUGCCCUACACUGGAAACGACAAAUUUCAAAGUUGAGUUUGAAGUUAACAUUGUUGUCCUCCUGCAUGAUGAUCACCUCAUCACAGAAAAUUUCCCACUGAAGCUCUGCAGGGUGUGAAUAUCCACAGGAGAAUUGCUAAUGGAGGAACAAAGAAAUUCUUCAGCUACCAAAUGGAAAUUCAGUUCAUAUCUUCAAACUUAUUUUAAUUGAAGGACUAAAACAUUUGCUCAUCCCACUAUUGAUUUCUGUGUUGGAAGGGAGUGCAGUUCUCUGUAACUCUUACCAAACACUUUGUCUAUCUUCUGAUAUUAUUAGUGAAUGUGCUUUUCUGCUGAGAUCCCUGCCAGGUAUCUCUUUGAAUUCAACAGCCAUGCCUCCCUUUCUCUAUUUUUUUCCUUAAGAACCCUUAAGGGAUGUUUUUUGCACAUUCCUAUCGUGCACAACACACAGUAAGUUUCUAUGAUUAAUUGAUAAUUUAACACUUGUGCUAACUCUUUAAAUGUUUCCUUUAUAAGGAUCCUUGUAUCUAAACAGCUAACAGGCCCUGCUAUGUAUUGGUCCUUGAAGGAGAGACUGAGAGAUUAGAUGUUUUCUAAGCCACCUCACCAUAUGGAUGCUGGGAGACCUAAUGUUCAGGAAAUGUUUUGAGACCUUUGAAUGGUGUUACGGAAUUGCACCACCGUUAUUGGAGCAGCAUCACACAAAGAAUAUGAAGUGAAAAGAAACUAAGUAUGUUUCAGUUAGAUUGGGAAAUGAAUCCAUUAAUCAGGGGAACAACCUCAGAGUUAAAGCUUUUUAUUGUAACAAAGUUGAUACAACUAUCACACUCUAAUUAGCUUGGUCAGUUACUUGCAUAAGUUCUACUGCAGUGAGAGGACCAAACUGUCAAAAGAGGUUCUAGCUUGCAGUUGUGCCAGACCUCUUGCUCUUGAUUAGCCAGUCCAUGUUAAUUUCUUUUUCCCCCUACUACUGAGUUCGUUACCUACAAUCUAGUUGUGGUGCGAAAAUGUGGGUGGGUACUUUGCUCUUGUGGCAACAAAGGCAUCAGAUGAAAGUGGCUGUCAGUAUGCUUGGCUGCUACAUUGUAGUCUAGCUCUUUCCUGUGCCUGACUUUAUUGCAAGGUAGAAUACUUUACUAAAGACUGCAUAAACAUAUUUAUGUUCUGGCCACCCCAAUUAACCUUUUGCCUGCAAUAUGGUAUUAUCUGAGCCGGUUACUAGCUGCUUCCCCUUUCAUUGGAAGGUUUAGUUGACAUUUUCUGAACAUGUCAAGAUGUAACUAUGGUAGGGGAAAUGUGCCAGGCAGAAAUGAAUUUUUUUUUUUUUACUAUUUGCUGAUUUAAAAAAAAAA